GACCAGUUCAUUACACUCGCACGUGUUAUUUUUUCUCCGAUUCAUUCUUGUUAGUGUUGAUCAAGUGAGCCUAUCAUAGACGCUUAAAAGUUAUCGAUGGGACAUUUUUAUCUAUGAGAUUCACACUACUUUCGGCAUAUUUUUGUUAUCGAGGGUAGUGAUUAGAAUCGACGAAAUAGUUUGGGAAUGGAAUCGAUGAGACUUAGUAGUACGGCUAGAUCAAAGGUUGAGGACGUUCUUUUUUUUCCUCCUUCUCGCUGUUAACAUAGGCACAUCUACUUAAGUCAGAUGUCCCGAGUACGGUGGACUCAGUGCGAAAGGGGUAACGAUACACCGAACACCGGUUAAUGUGUAUAAAUAAAUGAAAAUUUAAUUUUAUGGUGAUAAUACUUGUGCCAGGAAUUCCUGAAAAAUGAACUGCAGGGCAUUUAUACCGGCUCCUGUUGCAAUUUUAUUUUUAUGUUUAUGCGCGAGUGGAGAUUUUAUUGAGGACUAUUGCAAAAGAAAUGCCAGCGGCUGUGUUGACCAAUUGGUGUCGAAAAUAGCUGAGGGAUUUGAUGCUGAUAAUGAGUCCAGUAAAAGUGUUACCCCGAGGAUUUUAAUUUCGGAGGAUUUGGGGGGAAAUGGGGAGUUUCAAGUGCCUUGGUUUCUGAAUCUUCCGCUACUUCCGGUGCUGUUUGCCUCUUCUCCGACACUUCCGGAGGGGGAGUGCAAGAGACACUCGCUUAGAUAUCUUCGGGAGUUGAGGAAUGGAACACUUUGGGCUUCGCGAAUGUUUGACUCUUCCGUGAAGUAUCCUGAGGGUAUAAUAGCAGGUCACACACGUCACUACGGAAAUUUCGACGAGUGUUAUGAAUUGAAUGCUAAAAUUCCACGUCAGGAUGCUGGAUUAGAACCUGAGGAGAUUAAUGGUCGUUAUUGUCUCGUAAAGAUUCAUUAUAAGAAGAUAAAUUCACCGCCAAGCAGAACGGCUCCAUUCACCCUGAAUUUUGAUCCCAAUGAGUCAGCAUGGGAGGCUGUCAAGGAAAAAGGUGACUUCCGACGAGUGAGAAGGUACACUUUGGAAUUGGCCUUGUGCGUGCCAUCGUCAUGUUCAGCGGAAGACGUGGAGAAGGCCUUGAAGGAGCCCUUGAAGAGGAUAGGAGAGGAAAAACAAGUUGUUGUUCACACAAGUAUUAAAGGGAACACAUGCCAGUCUAAAGUUGAUGCGCCGAAAUUCUCGACCUCUGCCAAGGUCUAUUGUUACAUCAUUCUGACACUAGUUGCUUUGGUUUGUAUAAGCACGUGGUACGACAAUGCAAUAAAGCACGAAAAAGACACAUACGAUGGGGGCUUUGCUACGGACCUACUGCUCUGCUUCUCAGCGAGAAGGAAUAUGAAAAGUAUCAUGGAAGUAUCGUACUCGCACCCAGGAUUGGACAGCAUCCACUUCAUUCGGUUCUUCUUCAUGUGCGCUGCAAUGUUUGGUCACAGAUACAUGCAGUAUUAUGCUAAUCCUAUGGUUAAUCCAGAGUACCUUGAACAUACUUACACUGUACCUUCUUCGAUACUUCUUUACAACGGACCAAUUAUUGUCGAUGGAUUUUUCGCUGUUGGAGGAUUACUGAUAGCUUAUUAUUUAUUAAAAGAACUGGACACUGGGAGGAAAAUCAAUUUUACUGCUAAUAUCCUCAUUCGAUACAUCAGAUUGACGCCAUCAUAUGUUGCGAUAAUAGCAUUUAUCGCCCUAAUUCUACCACACUUGAGCACUGGUCCCUACUGGUCCCACAAGAUUGGUUUAGAAAGUGAAGGUUGUGCGGCAAAUUGGUGGACCAAUAUUCUCUACAUCAAUAACUACGUUAACACGGAGAAAAUGUGCAUGUUCCAAUCGUGGUACGUGGCUGUCGACUAUCACCUGUACAUAAUUGCGCUCUUUGCUGUUUAUUUUUUUUGGAAAUUACCAAGGAGACUGGGAUAUCCUUUCCUCGUUGCAAUGAUCGUUGCCGGCUGUGUUAUAUCGUUCUGCGUAACGUAUAUUUACAGUAUUCAGCCCAUGUGGUUGGGAUUGCCUUUCAUGCACGAGGUGAGAGAAGAUCCGUACUUCACUGACCAUUACGUAAAAACGCAUGAGCGUAUUGCAGCGUAUUUCGUCGGUGUUCUCGCUGGCGCUAUUAUCUAUGAUCACGGCCGAUCUCCCUGGAGACUUUCUCAAUCCUGGUCGAGUACGUUGUUCAUGCUGUUGGUACUAGUGCUGGGUGUCACAUCACAAAAUUUGGGUCAUAAAUACUAUGAUCCGAAUGUAAAUGUGUCUGCGAUUGAGAGUGCACUUUAUGCGAGUCUGCAUAGGCCUGCAUUCGCCGUUUCUAUUGUUGCGAUUGUCGUGUUGCUAACAGUCGGCGAAGGAUUAGAAUUUUACCACAGUUUCUUCAAAGGCCAUUGGGUCCAGCCCGUAGCGAGAUUAACAUACGGUGCUUAUCUAAUCCACAACAUCAAUCAGUCUUACGAUGUGGGUGUCAUUAGACAGGCGAGAACAUUCUCAUUCCACAAUGUGUUUUGGGACUUCGUGCCUGACGUAGUUUUGACCUUCUCGUUAUCCUUGAUAGUAGCAUUGGUCAUCGAGGGACCGUUCAGGAAAAUCGAAAAAGUAUUCAUCAACAAGAGAGGGUCAAAAGAACAUUGUACUUCCAAGGUUUCCGCGAGUAUUAUCGCGGCAGAGAAGAAAAUCACCUAGUCGAAGCUUCGAAGAACCAAGUUUAUUGUAAAUAUUUCACAUUCCCUGCUAAAUAAUAACUUUCUUCUGAACCACAUCGUUUAUUGAGUAUGUUUUAGUACUUAAAGUAGCCUCUGUUUUGAAGGAAUCAUAAACGUCAGGGAGAAUAAAUCCGUUUCUGUUGCGGAAA